ACCCCCUCAGCAGCGCGUCACUUGGACCCUGGUCCUCGCCGUGUUCUCUGCGGUGCUUGGCUCCUUGCAGUUUGGCUACAACAUCGGGGUCAUCAAUGCCCCCCAGAAGGAAGAGGGCAAUGCUGGUCAACAACGCCCUGGCAGUGCUGGGGGGCGCCCUCAUGGGCCUGGCCAACGCUGCUGCCUCCUAUGAGAUGCUCAUCCUUGGACGGUUCCUCAUUGGUGCCUACUCAGGGCUGACAUCGGGGUUGGUGCCCAUGUAUGUGGGGGAGAUCGCUCCCACUCACCUGCGGGGCGCCUUGGGGACCCUCAACCAACUGGCUAUCGUCAUUGGCAUUCUGAUUGCCCAGGUGCUGGGCUUGGAGUCCAUGCUGGGCACUGCCACCCUGUGGCCACUACUCCUGGGCAUCACAGUGCUGCCUGCCCUUCUGCAGCUGGUCCUGCUGCCCUUCUGCCCAGAAAGCCCCCGCUACCUCUACAUCAUCCGGAACCUGGAGGGGCCCGCCAAAAGGAGUCUGAAGCGCCUGACAGGCUGGGCCGAUGUGUCUGGAGCACUGGCUGAGCUGAAGGAGGAGAAGCGGAAGCUGGAGCGCGAGCAGCCACUGUCCCUGCUGCAGCUCCUGGGCAGCCGAACCCACCGGCAGCCCCUAAUCAUUGCAAUUGUGCUGCAGCUGAGCCAGCAGCUUUCCGGCAUCAAUGCCGUUUUCUACUAUUCAACCAGCAUUUUUGAGACGGCGGGGGUAGGGCAACCAGCAUACGCCACCAUAGGAGCUGGAGUGGUCAACACAGUCUUCACCUUGAUCUCGGUGCUCUUGGUGGAGCGGGCUGGGCGCCGGACUCUCCAUCUUCUAGGCCUGGCAGGAAUGUGUGGCUGCGCCAUCUUGAUGACUGUGGCUCUGCUUCUGCUGGAGCGCAUUCCAGCCAUGAGCUAUGUCUCCAUCGUGGCCAUCUUCGGCUUUGUGGCAUUCUUUGAGAUUGGCCCUGGCCCCAUCCCCUGGUUCAUUGUGGCCGAGCUCUUCAGCCAGGGACCUCGCCCAGCAGCCAUGGCUUUGGCUGGUUUCUCCAACUGGACGUGCAACUUCCUCAUUGGCAUGGGUUUCCAGUAUGUUGCGGAUGCUAUGGGUCCUUACGUCUUCCUUCUAUUUGCGGUCCUCCUGCUCGGCUUCUUCAUCUUCACCUUCUUAAAAGUGCCUGAAACCCGAGGCCGGACGUUUGACCAGAUCUCAGCUGCCUUCCAUCGGACACCCUCUCUUUUAGAGCAGGAGGUGAAGCCCAGCACGGAACUUGAGUACUUAGGGCCAGAUGAGAAUGACUGAGGGACCAGGCAGGGGUGGGAGAGCCAGUCCUCUCUGUGUCCCCAGAGACCCCUCCUUUCCUCCGUGGCACUUUAACCCUCUCUUCCCCAGCACUCCCAGGGUGGAGGAAGCCCCUGCUGCCUGGUGGAAUUGGGAAGCUGGAGGGAGGGGUGGUCCGAGACCCCCUCAUUUCCCUCGUGUGACUUUCUUGGAUUAUUUAUGUGUUGUGGUUAGGCUGUGGCCACCAGGGUGGGCCAUUCUCCCCCCUUGUCCCCCUCCUCCUUCCUCCAUAGUUCACCCCAACCCGCCUCAGCUCCAGAAUACUUUGCCCCUCUGCUAGAGAGGAGGAUUGGAGGAGAGGCUCUAGGACUGACUUUAGGGGAGGUGAACUGAAGUACAGAGCAGGAGUGGACAAGGGAAAUCCAGUUUCCUACCACCUUGGACUCCUCCCACUCUGGCACUCUCUCUGAAUUCUUGUCACAUAGACUCUGGGUGAAGAGGGCUCUGUCUUGACCCCUCCAAGGCGAAGGAUGCACCCUCCCAAGGUCUAACCUCACUUCUCUCACUGAAGGCUCAGUCCUCUUGCUCAACCUUCCAGGGCGAGAGGGAACACCUGCCCAUAUGUGAGGGGAAGGGAUAGCAAGCUCUCGCCUCUAAACGCAGGGCUCUGCUCCCAGAGGCCCAGCUCUUUCUUCCUCUCCCAUUCUGGAAGGUGUUGAACCCAAAGGCUUUUGACCAACUAAGGGACAUUUGAAAGGCUGCCUGUAACAUUAGGCUGGGAGGAAUCCUCGGAUAUUUUUGUAUAUGCUUGAAAAAGAAGGGGCAGGGAGAAGAAACCAAAAGUCUGUUGUAUUAAAUGUAAAUAUAUAGAUACGUAUAUAAAGUCACUGUAUGAGACAAGC